AUCUGAACAGGAAGUGAUCGUGUUUGGCGCACAGGUGACCCGGAUGUGGCGCAGGUUGUGUUGACAUCAGAGCGGCGGCGAUCAUCAUCAGAUCAUGUUCAUAUUUCUGCGUUUCUAGCGCGUCGAAGCGGCGCGUCAGUCGUUCUGCGAGCGUCAGGUGCAGCAGCUUCUCUCCAGCGUCUCCAUGUGUGUCUCCUGAGUCUCUGAGUGUGUCGUGUUGUUGUUCUUCUGUUCUGAGCGACCCGAGGUCAUCAUGGCGAGUAAAGUGGGAGACGACCCGGACAGCCUGAUGUCUCUGUGCACCGUCUUCUGCCUGAAGAACCUGCGGAGAACCAUGUGCUACAGCGAGGGCGAGCGGAACCGGCUCCAGCUGCGGCCCGACGUCUUCCUGCCCGGCGAGAUCUGCGACCGGCUCGUCAACGUGUACAUGGAUCUGGUCCACACUGACAGCGACUUCGAGCCGCAGGACGGCUUCUUCCAGCUCUUCAGUGACCCGCGCAGCACCAGACUGACCCGCCUGCAGCUGAGGGAGGAUCUGGUGCGAGACCGAGACCUGGAGGCCAUCGGGAAACAGGAUCUGAUGGAGCUUCACCUGACCUACUGUAGCCGUCUGACGGCACGCGGCCUGCGGACGCUCUGCAGCUUCAAACACUCGCUGCUGUCGCUCAGUCUGUUCGGCUGCUCCAGCGUCUUCUUCAAGAAGAGCGGCGCUCCGCUGGCGGUCGGCGAGGACGAGGACGAUCUGGAGGAGCGUCAGCAGCGGCACACCGUCGACCUGGACUUCAGCUUCCAGGGCUUCAACCGCUUGCGUCUGCUGAACCUGGGCGGCCUGCCGGCGGAGGUAGAUGUGGAGACGCUGCUGCGGCCGCUGCCCGCUCUGACCUCGCUGGACCUGUCGGCCGUCCAUCUGCCCCGGCCGGCCUUCCUCACGCAGUGGAGAGAGCGACUGGCGUCUCUGGUGCUGUAUAACGUGGAGCUGACGGAGGAGCUGAUCCACACGCUGCUGCAGAUGAGCAGACUGAGGCACCUGGAUAUCUCGCGAGAGAAUCAGAGAAACUCUAAAUUCAAGAUGACGAGGAAGAUCUUGAGCAGUAUCGUUCAGAGUUUGGUCAAUCUGGUGUCUCUGGACAUCUCUGGACACAUCAUGCUGGAUAACUGCACGGUGCCGGCGUUUGAGGACGCCGUGGGCCGGCCGAGCAUCGAGCCGUGUAAGAGCAGCAUUUACCCGUUUCAGGAGCUGAAGAGGCCGCUGCAGUUCUUAGGACUCUACAACACAACGCUCUGCAACGUCACACACAUACCCGCGUAUAAGGUCACCGGCUCCAAGAACGAGGAUCAGAUCCUGAACGCGAUCGAGGCGUACACAGAACAGCGACCCGAGCUGGCCCAUCGAGCCAUUAACCAGCUGUUCGACAUCGCCAGGAUUCAGCACUGCAGCCAGCUGCUGCGAGCACUGCAGCUGGUGAUCACAGCGCUGAAGACUCAUAAAUAUGACAAGAGCAUUCAGGUGACGGGCAGCGCAGCUCUGUUUUACCUCACCAACACUGAGUACCGCAGUGACCAGAGUGUCCGUCUGCGCAGACAGGUCAUACAGGUGGUGCUCAACGGCAUGGAGCAGUACCAGGAGGUGACGGUCCAGAGGAACUGCUGUCUGACGCUCUGUAACUUCAGUAUUCCUGAGGAGCUGGAGUUCCAGUAUCACAGAGUCAAUCUGCUGCUGCUGAAGAUCCUGGAGCCGGCACGUCAGGACGAGUCCAUCCAGCGCAUCGCUGUCCAUCUGUGUAACGCACUCGUCUGUCAGGUCGACAACGACCACAAAGAAGCCGUCGGCAAGAUGGGAUUCGUCAAGACGAUGCUGAAUCUGAUCCAGAAGAAGCUGCUGGACAGAAUGUGUGAUCAGGUGAUGGAGUUCUCGUGGAGCGCGCUCUGGAACAUCACAGACGAGACACCUGAUAACUGUCAGAUGUUCCUGGAGUGUAAUGGCAUGAAUCUCUUCCUGGAUUGUCUGAAGGAGUUUCCUGAUAAGCAGGAGCUGCACCGUAACAUGCUGGGGCUGCUGGGUAACGUGGCCGAGGUGAAGGCGCUGAGGCCGCAGCUGUUGACCAGACAGUUCAUCACGGUGUUCAGUGAGCUGCUGGACAGUAAAGCGGACGGCAUCGAGGUGUCCUAUAACGCCUGUGGAGUCCUGUCGCACAUCAUGUUCGACGGCUCGGAGGUCUGGACCAUGGAGGAGCCCAAGAGGACAUACGUCAUGGACAAAAUGUGGGCGGCCAUUCAGAGCUGGGACGUCAACUCACGACGCAACAUCAACUACAGGUCGUUCGAACCCAUCCUGCGUCUCCUCCCUCAGAGCGGCGCUCCGGUCAGUCAGCACUGGGCCACAUGGGCACUUUAUAACCUGGUGUCUGUUUACCCGAGUAAAUACUGCCCUCUGUUGAUAAAAGAGGGUGGCGUCAUUCUGCUGCAGAAAGUUCUGGAGCUGGAGUCCUCUCAUCAGGAGACCAAGGACAUGGCACGCAAAGUGAUGGAGCAUUGCGAGAACUUCAAGGAGGAUCCGAUGGACACCAGCAGUUAAAGGUUGUGACGGACACCAGCGCCGGACGUCUAUCUGCGUGAUGUUCCUCACUGGCACUGACGGCACAGAAACACGUUUGUGUUCAUGAGGAGGACGUUUCACUGCUCUCCUAAAACACACGUCUGUCACGUCACACUACAGUGAGCUCACGAGUGUGUGUGUGUGUGUGUGUGUGUCGGGCUCGUUUCUGUGUUGCACAUGGACAGCAGUGACAGCUGCAUUAUUCUAGGGGUGUUUUUCUCUGUUUUUAUUUGUAAAUGAUAACAUGCCCGAACGAAUGUGUGUGUGUGUGAGGACAUUCUGCUCGUGUCUUUAUAAGGAACAACCGUGAUUAUUUGUCUGGAGGCAGAGAGAUGGACAUAUAAGCUUGACUGAAUCUUCUCAAGGGUCCACGGUCGAUCCUGAGGGAGCCGGUUCCUCUGUUUGCGUUGGAAGGAAGUUCUCGUCUGGAUGUUUUAAUGGCGUCACUGUAAACACUCCCGGUUGGAAAUCUCUCGAGGUCCCGGCGGAGAAUUCAAUCACACACCUGUCAUUAAAGCGAUUCUCUUUUGGGGAGCUCAUCAUUCUUCUUAUGUUGUAUUUUUAAUCAAAUUCACUUUUUAUUUGCAAUCUCAUGAUGAACGUGAUCGACUGGCAGCGAGAUCAGAUGUUUAUCUCCUGGAACGAUGAUGAUGGUUUAUCAGACCAGCUUUGAUCUGCGUUUCCUGCAGGUUUGUGCUGUUUAACGUGGCGCUUGUUUUUCUACAUGAUUCUGAACUGCAAUAAAACCAUGAUGUACUGAAGUAAGAUGUCCACACAACACUGGGUGUAAAGAGAGAUUAUUAAUAAUAAUAAUAAUAAUAGUUGUUCAACACUCUGUUCCAGUCGUUAUUUCUCACAGACGGUGAUGAUUGUCAUUAUAUUAUCUCAGCUCAGUGUAUGGGAGUAUCUUUACAUUCUCAAUUGAAACACAGACUCUUGGUGUGGGAACAGUUUUAGAUAUUUUAAUAUUAUAAUAUCUGUGUUUUGUCUGCUGUUGAAAGAUCUUUUUUUGUAAAAGAGGCCUGUUAUUCACUAAUACAGAAUUUAACAAUCAA